AUGCAUGUGUUAAAUUUAUUAUUUUUAAUAGUAAUAAUUAAUAUUUUAAUUUUUUCUGUACAAUCAUAUACCUUGAAAAAGUAUGAUUAUGGUCAGUUUUUAGUUAUCGCCAGUGGGCCAGUAAUUAAUAAAAAAUUUAAUGUUGCAAAUCACCAGGUAUCAAACUUUUUACUAACAAAAGAUGAAAAUGAUUCUAAUUCAGUGCAGCUUCGUAUCACUUCUGAUGGAGCACCAGAAUUUUUAAUCUUUUACAGUACUUUUAGUGAUGAAAUUGCAAGUGAAAAAAAUUCAAACAAAACAAAUAUUACCACUCCAUUGGAAGGCUCAAUGUGUAUCUCUAGUGUCUAUUCUUUUUCAAUCAAAAUGAACAAUUACCUCUUGGGUGGUGAUUACAUUAUCUCAAUUCUAGGUAACUCUGAUGUUUCAAAAUGCUACAAGCAUGUCCCAGUAAACCAAGCUAACCAAGAACCUGAAAGUAUUGUAUUACUUUCAACAUCUUCUGAACAACUUGUUUUACAAUCUGAUGGUGAAACAGUCGUUCAAAAAAAUAUAGAGAAUCAAAAAUCUACUGCUUCAACACCACUAGUCAAUGGAGUUUUAAUUUUUUCAACAGUUCUUUUAUUUUUACAAUUAAUAAUCUAA